AUGGCGAUAUUUAAAGUGCUAUGUCUGUUAGGAUUCGUUUUAUUAAACACUGUUUACGCGCGCAGACACGAAGGCAUUGAAAGACCAGAUCAGACCCACCAAAGACUAGGACGUGAAUUUCAAAAGCACAUCUUAAAACGGCAUUUGAAUGUCAACGGCGUUCCUUCUCGGCAAGGAUCGCCUUCGAAACGGUCCGCGGCGGCGAAUGAUCGGAUCGAGGAGUCAGCGAGCAAGGUAUGGGAGGAAAGCGGUCCCCAAGCAUACACUCAAGCGGAAAUUGAUAAAUAUCAAAUCUUGACGAACAGGAUCUAUCAAGUAGGUGACGUGAUACCUAAAUGGGUUUUGAAAGCGCCAGAUCCCUCAACUUCCAUCCACCCAGGGAAGAAACCAAAUCCUAACAAGCUAAGAACAAAGUACACUAAAGAGCAAAUAUGGAGAUACGAAAUACUGACAAACCAUAUAUAUAUACCAGGAGACGUUAUACCAGAUUGGGUUCUGGAGGCUAAAGAACCGGUUUACCCCGGGAGUAAGCCUAUAAAACCGGGUAUUCCUGACCGACCUGGUACCCCCGGAACACCAGGUACCCCCGGAACACCAGGUACCCCUGGUACACCAAGUACCCCCGGAACACCAAGUACCCCCGGCACACCAAGUACCCCCGGCACACCAGGUACCCCCGGUACACCAGGUACCAAUGGAGAAAGCCCACCUCUUCCAAGCUUUGAGGAAUUUCAAAAAGGAGAAAUAAGCAAAGGAAGUACGUUCAAGGUAACCGACAGUUGUAGUGUUGUCACAGGUAAAACAGGGACACUCUACCAACUUAGUUCCAGCCCCCCGGAUUGUAUCAACCUUGCUAUCCUCCUGGAAAAGGUCCUUCCAAAGGGGAAAGCAAACUUCGAGUCCACCACGUUCAUGACUUUGGAGAAUAUCAUAAUCAGGUCGCUAUCACUGGACACCUCUACGAAAGGUGUCGAGAUCGCUGCAGUGUAUACUGGUACGGCCACGCUGAUCAAAGACAUUCUUACCGUGUCAAAUAUUCGGGUUGGACUGUCGUUUGUUUGGACACGAUCCCAGAAAUUUAUGUUCGACAUCGGAGCGACGUUUACCGUCGGAGAUGUUCCAAUCGAUCUGAGAUUGAUCAGAAAUGAACAAGGCUACUUCUUCACUGCCGAAGCGACCGCCAACUUCAACGCGACCACAAUCAGUCGAAUGUUCAAGCAAGAAGAUUCCUUCCUUCCAGCGAACUGCUUGCAGAGCGACUUAACUGACGCUGGAUUUAAUUCAUUCGCAGUCAUAAAUCCUCGUCUCCGUGCAGCAUUUCUUGAUGGCUACGGCUUCCUUUUUGCUGGUUCUAUAAGAAUCCUGGAUUGGGAUCCGUUCGACGUGAACAUACUCUUCAACAAGCCCAAUGAUUCUCCGACGACCGUGACAAUCGCUGUCUACACAGGGAAAUUUUCGAUAUCGAAAAUGUUGAAAGAUCUAUUCAAGAUGGACAUUAGCAGUGUUCCUGUCUUAGGUUCAGUCGAGGUGAGAAAUCUUGCUUUCUCUCUAUCAACGGGCGACGUGGAACAACCAUUAGCAGUGCUGGAUAUUGGCUCGGAAGAUAUUUUUGAUAUUCCGUAUCGCAAAGGAUUAAAGGUAUCCUUUGAAAUCCCAAUUGCAAGUAAAUUCAUCUCAACUUCCAUCUUCAUCUCGCCUACUCUGUUAAGUUUCACGAUUUCCCAGAGUGGUGAACUUGAUCUUGGCGAUGUCAUCAACGAAUUCCUGCCGGACAGCGACUAUACCGUAACAACAAAUGGAAAUACGAGACUGAAGAACUGGCCCUCGUUCAUCCCUGAUCCGCUGUCGAUAGCUUUGGUACUCUUCCACUUGGAGGCUGCCAAGCCAACUGGCAGCUGGGCUCUGACAAAAAUGAACAUGAAACUCAAAAUGACCAGCGAGAUAUCUUUGUUUGAAGGUAAAAUCAACAUAAACAAUCUUGAAUUGGACUUGAACUACGAGAAAGGAGGUAACCCGUCACUUUAUGGCGUUGUCUCCGGACAAGUCGCCCUGGGAUCAACGACAAAUGUCUCACCAAGAGUUGACGUAAGAAUACCGUUUCCUUUUGCGAAUCAAGAGAUCACGUUCACCUUCUCCGAUUUUAACGUUGAAAAUGUCGUGAAAGCUCUUGCUGGAGAUGACUUCAAAUUCCCGAUCGACUUUCCUGACCUCUUUAAGAACAUUCAACUAGACAAGAUUGCUUUGGCUUUCAAUGAAGCCGGAGAAGUGGACACAGUCUCAGUGGAUGCGAGUAUCCCGGGAGUGUGGAACAUCUUCGGAAACUUUUCUGUCGGGAACGUAAAAAUACACUUUGAAUAUGGCAAGUCCGGCGGCACUGAAAAGAUUUGGCAACUCGUUGUUAAGGGUGAAAUUAUUAUUGCAAGCUGUACGAUAACUGUCGCGGCCGAAUUUGGAACUAAUCGUGUGUCAGUCAGUGCUAAAGGCACCCAGUGCUCGGCCUCCAUUGCUGACCUUCUUGAAAAGAUUCACAUCAAUCCAUCCAUUUUACCGCCGAUGAUUUCUGGCUUCACAAUAUUCAAUCCACAACUGAACUUUAUAUGUCAAAGAACUGGGGAACAGGCUGGAUCAAAGUCGAUCGCUUUUGCGGCAACCACAAGCCUCUUUCAUCGCAGUGAGGUUGAGCUGGCGUUAAUUCAAAAGGAAGGUAAAUCCGCUCUGAUUGCUGGAUUCGCCGUCCAGAGCGAUGCGAUUUCCGAGAUCAGUUUCCUAAGUUCAUUGGGAUUAUCCGAUCUUGCCGUGGUUUAUGUCAGCAAUAAAAUCCCGAUAGCGCCGUACCAGUUUACUAAUAAAGUAUUCAACAGUUACAUUAAAACGGAGCCUGAGUUUAAAGGAUUAACUGUCUAUGCUAAAUUUGUACCAAAACCGACUAAUAUGCUUGGGCAUAUUCUAAGAGAAGGUGUAAGCAAGGAUCCUUCAAUGGCACCUUCGGCAGGAGAGGAAGUUGCGAUUAUUGUCAAGAUAUCUUUCCCUCAGAUAAUAUUUGAACUGGAGGUAAACUUAGGAACCGGUCUUGAAAUUGGAUCCAUCAAAGGAUGGAAGUUUACCAAAAUGAAAUUGAUCAUCAGUAAAGCGCUUAUUGGUCUCUCUCUGAGUUGUUCUGUCGACCUUGGAAAUGGUGAUAAACCAUCUGUCUUUACUGGCGACGUUUCGUUCACCUUCACAGGCACUGUUACGAUAUCUCUACUUUGGGAAGGUUCCUGGAAGAAUCCAUUUGGAAUCAGCAAGCGUUUGGAGAUAAGACGUUUAGGGCUGGCAUUGGGUAUAAACGUCGCAAGUUUGGUACCAAGUUUCGGCAUAACUGGUGCGAUAACCGUUGAUAUACCAAGCGCGUCAAAAAUCGACGUUAGCUUGACCCUUUGUAUCGAUCCAGCAACGCCACAGAAAACCGUAUUUGAACUUCAUUUUACACGACUUCUACUGGAAGACGUGAUCAAUCUGUUCGCGGGAAAAGCUGUAAGCUUACCAAGAAAGUUAGCCGAAGUUGGUUUUCCUGAUGAGGUGAAAAUUUACUUUUCUCUUCAAGGAAAUGCGGAUUGUUUUGGCAAAAGGUAUGACCCAGGUGUUGAAAUCCACGGUACACUCCAGAUUCCUUUCCUCAGCAUUCGGGCACGUAUUGAUCUCAGUAUUCAGUUCACGCCGUUUAAACUGGAUGCGAACCUGCAGCUUGAUCCAAUCAUCUACCUUGGCGGCCUCAUCAAGGUCGUGGACGCUGAUGAUGACAAGAAAGGCGCCCACUUAAAAAUGCACAUCACUGAAAAUCUGUCUGACUUGCUUAUUGAUGGUUCGUGCAGGAUUGAGAUAUUCGGGGCAAUGAUCUCCGUGAAGCUUCAAAUCAACAAAGAGAAAUUCUUCUUUGAAGGCAGACUGAAUCUUUGGAACUUGUUCCAAGUUUAUAUCCUAGUGGACAUUUCAAUCACGAAGACCUCACCAAGUGUUCACGUGAUCGGAGAAAUGCAAAAUGAUUUGUUCGCUAAGAUCAAACAGAAAGCCUCUCAAGCGAUCCAAAAUGGCGCCCGUGCGAUCAACAAGAAAAUCGAAGGCGCUCAACGAAAGGUUUCGGAUGCCAGUCGCGAGGUCGACAAGCUCCUGGGUACAAUUAACUACCAUAAACGAAAGAUAGAGGAAGCUAAGCGUGAAUGUAGUCGGGCACCGUGGUAUAAGAAAUAUAUCUGUAUUGGAACUGGUUUCAAAAUCAUUUAUCACGGGGGUAUUAUAGCGACCUUGUACAUUGCUUAUGGUGUUGCCAAGGGAGUUUUGGCGGCGGCCAAUCUCUUCCUAAAGGGCGUGUCAGCUAUCAUUAAGGUUGGAGCCGACAUUCUUCAAAAAUUAGUCAAUGCGGCAUUGAGUAUUAUUGAUAUUCAAUAUGUGAGAUUUGAAGUUGAGAUGAACGGUGUUACGAAGAGAUUCCAGUUUGAUGCCAGGAUUGUGAUUCUUGGGUGGACUUUCACUCCUCACUUCGAGAUUGAUUUCAGCAGCGCGCAAUCGGCCAACAACGGCAUCAACUCGGCUGGUAACUCAAUUUCCGAUCAGACCAUGAAACAGGUAAAGAAGUAAAGCAGAUUUCAUUCAAGACGUUUACCAUCCAAUUGUCGCCGUCGACAUUUCUUUCAUUAUUUAAAAAAAGUAUAUUUAUUUAUUUAACGCUUGUUUAAA